AUGGAGAUAAGAAAGGAACCAAAUAUACCCAUGACUCUAGUCUUAGAUUCUUCUUCUUCCAGGUCCUUCAUGGCUCUUCUCCUGACCGUUAUCCUCUUCCUAACCGGCCUAGCUUCAUCAAGUGGAGGCCCACCCGCUGCUUUUAAACCAGCAGAUAACAUUCUCAUCGACUGCGGCGCCAAGUCGUCGGCCAAAACACCUGAAGGUAGAGUCUUCAAGAGUGACUCAGAGACGGUCCAAUACAUAGAAGCCAAAGAUGAUAUUCAGGUCUCUGCCCCACCUUCAGAUAAACUCCCUUCUCCUCUUUACCUAACCGCGAGGCUCUUCCGACAAGAAGCCAUUUACAAGUUCCAUAUGACUCAGCCUGGCUGGCAUUGGGUUCGUCUCCAUUUCUUUGCCUUCCCCAAUGACAAGUCUGAUCUCCAACAAGCAACGUUCUCUGUCUUAACAGAGAAAUACGUCUUGCUUCAUAACUUCAAGAUGAGUAACAACAACAAUGAUAGCCAAGCUGUUGUUCAGAAGGAGUACCUUGUCAACAUAACAGAUGCUCAGUUCUCUCUUAGGUUCAAACCUAUGAAAGACUCUGCCGCUUUCAUCAAUGCCAUUGAAGUCGUGUCUGCUCCAGACGAGCUUAUAUCUGAUGCAGGUACUUCUCUUUUCCCAGUCAAAGGAUUUUCUGGUCUGUCUGGUUACGCGUACCAGCCGGUCUACAGGGUCAACGUGGGUGGCCCCUUGAUCACGCCACAGAACGACACACUAGGAAGAACAUGGACACCAGACAAAAAAUAUUUAAAAGAUGAGAAUCUUGCUAAGGAUGUCAAAACAACCUCUUCUGCCAUCAUCAAGUAUCCUCCUGGAGUCACACCGCUCAUUGCACCACAGACCGUUUACGCAACAGCCGCAGAGAUGGCUGAUUCUCAAACCAUAGAUCCUAACUUCAACGUCACAUGGAACUUCCCAUCAAAUCCAUCGUUUCAUUACCUUAUCCGUCUCCAUUUCUGUGACAUUGUAAGUAAGUCGCUCAACGACCUCUACUUCAACGUUUACGUCAAUGGCAAGACUGCUAUUUCUGGACUUGACUUGUCCACUUUAGCUGGUGGUCUUUCUUCUCCUUACUACAAAGACAUUGUGGUGAACUCCACUCUCAUGAAACCUGAGCUUCAGGUUCAGAUUGCUCCCUUGGGAGAAGAAACAGGGACCAAGAACGCGAUAUUGAAUGGUGUCGAGGUUAUGAAGAUGAGCAACUCAGUGGACAGUCUUGAUGGAGAGUUUGGAGUUGAUGGGAGAACAACGGGUGCAGGGAGGCAUGGGAUGGUUGCAACCGCGGGUUUUAUGAUGAUGUUUGGUGCUUUCGUGGGGCUUGGAGCUAUGGUUUACAAGUGGAAGAAGAGGCCACAAGAUUGGCAGAAGAGGAACAGUUUCUCUUCUUGGUUGCUACCGAUGCACUACGGUGACACUAGUUUCACGGCAAGCAAAGGUGGUUCUCACUUGUACAGCUCCGGUGGUCUCGGACGCAGUUUCUCCUUCUCAGAGCUUCAAGAAGUCACAAAGAACUUUGAUGCGUCGGAGAUAAUCGGUGUGGGUGGUUUUGGGAACGUUUACAUUGGAACAAUUGAUGAUGGAACUCAAGUGGCUAUCAAGAGAGGGAAUCCACAGUCAGAGCAAGGGAUCACAGAGUUUGAAACAGAGAUACAAAUGCUCUCUAAGCUCAGGCAUAGACACUUAGUCUCGUUGAUUGGAUACUGCGACGAGAACUCUGAGAUGAUUCUUGUCUAUGAAUACAUGUCCAACGGUCCUUUCAGAGACCAUCUCUAUGGUAAAGAAGACUUUACUCCUUUGACGUGGAAACAAAGACUCGAGAUAUGCAUUGGAGCUGCACGUGGGCUACAUUAUUUACACACUGGAACUGCUCAGGGCAUUAUCCAUCGUGACGUCAAAUCUACAAACAUUCUACUUGAUGAUGCUUUGGUUGCUAAGGUCGCUGACUUUGGUCUCUCCAAAGACGUAGGUUUCGGACAAAACUAUGUCAGCACGGCCGUGAAAGGUAGUUUCGGGUAUUUAGACCCGGAAUACUUCAGGAGACAGCAGCUUACGGAUAAGUCAGAUGUGUAUUCCUUUGGUGUUGUUCUUCUAGAAGCUUUAUGUGCAAGACCAGCGAUUAAUCCUCAGCUUCCGAGGGAACAGGUCAACUUAGCUGAAUGGGCUAUGCAAUGGAAACAGAAAGGGUUGUUGGAAAAGAUCAUUGAUCCUCAUCUGGUUGGCACUGUGAAUCCUGAAUCUAUGAAGAAGUUUGCAGAAGCUGCUGAGAAGUGUUUUGCGGAAUAUGGUGUUGAUAGACCAUCAAUGGGAGAUGUAUUGUGGAACUUAGAAUAUGCUCUUCAACUUCAAGAAUCCUUUUCUCAGAGUGAUAAAAGUGAGUCUGAAGAGGUUGAAACCGGGAAGACCGUGGCUUCUCCCCCACCUGUUCCAGCUGCCGCAACAGUCACCGCCGCCGCAACAAGUGAACCGCCGGCUUCUCAGACUGGUGAGAAGGAUGGCUCGGAAACCGCCAGGUUUACUCAGCUUGCUAGCCUCAAUGGAAGAUAA